ACAGCGGACCUGAGUGAGAGCAGUGUGUGUGUUGGAGAGGCAGAGGGAGCAACAUCACCGCCGCGCGUGGAGCCUUUGAGCAUCACAGACAUUCACCGCAACGAUAAAACUGAAAUAACGCGACAACACUCGAAAGAUUUAUUUCGUAAACGCGUGCUCUCGCCGGGUUUAUACGCUUUCUUUGUGUUCUCUUUUUUUCUACUGGAGGGAAACGGCGAGCGAGGCUUCACUGCGGCUAAUCAAUUUUCCUCUUCCAGACCUGGGAAUUACAAUGAAAAAUGUAGGUGACACAUUUCCUCUCACAGACCAAGAGUCACAGUAGCGAGGACGGCGAAGAAGAAAGCAGGGGGGAAAAUGGUGACGGGUGCCGCAUCUAUAGGAUCAGCAUCCUCUGUGGAGCCCCUGCGUAAAAGACAAACAGUGUGAAAACUGAUGAACAAGUGGAUGUGAACCUGUGAGAGAAAGAAACAACUUGAAGAAGAACAGGAAGGAGCCACUUUGGAUCACAACAGGACCGUCCUCCUGCACCACAUGGAGAAUGUUUAGGGGCUGCUCAGCUGCUUUCAAAGCUGAGGCUCCUCUCUAACUGUUCCUGCUUCCCUUUCCACUAUUUUUACUUUCUUGUUAUCGUUUGGAUUUAAGGCUACAGACCUUGCCCCUUCUCGUCCGCUGUUUGUUCUAAGCAAGACCAAAACCAGGUGCCAAACUGACUGUGUCACGAGAAGAAGCAAAAAAUCUACGAAACUAACCACCAUAAGAAUUUUAGUAAUUCAGCUUUGAAAACCUGAUUUAGUAAAUAGAGUGCAGCUUUAUUUCUUUCCCAAUCAACAAAAACAUUACAACACCCUAGAUCCCAUUUAAGUCAUAUUUAAUCUCAACAAAUUCAUCUCAGCACAUUUUAACAAACUUUAUAUCCAUUGUCUUCUGUCAGUGUUUGCAUAGCUGCUGCUCUUAAUGCUGAAACUGAGAGACGAUGAUCAGUGCAUUAUUGGUUCAAAGUGCUUUAUAAACAGAUUCUCUGGCUUGUAGUUGUGUGUUGCAGAAGAAGCGCGUGGUACGCAGUGAUAACUCUGCUCUGACGUCGUCUGAACACUUUAAGGCUUCGGCAGGAUGGCGUUUGACUGACGGGCAACACAAGCCUCCUCUAACCUGAUAAAUACAGGCUCCGCUGCUGCCGCCGCUGCUGCUGCUAUCUCAAAGGCUCGGAGAUAUACCGUCAUCUCAGUCCGUGCUGUGAAACACUGUUGACACUUUGCCUAUCUCCUUCUUCCAGUUGCUUAUAAGAGAGAGGCCUCUCGCUCUUUUUCGUUUUCUGUUUCUUCCACACGUGGCGCUCGAUUACACUGAACAACCUGAAAGCCCCCCCUUUAUCUAAUCCCAGUGACCUCUUCAGCUUUUUUGCAUUCUUCCUUUUAUUCUACUAAACAAACAUGCAAUUUAAAACCUGUCACUGUAUUAACAUUUAUUGGUGAAGUUUGUAAGAACAUAACCUAAAGCCAUACUGAACACCAGCCAUACAAAUUGUCAUGUACAAUACACCUCACAAUGUUUAAGAUCCCUCCAACAAAGUGAUCUUUAAACACAUCAGUGCACAUUCAGGGAGUCAAUGAGGAAACUGUUCUUGAGAAGAAUCUUAAAAUUUCAUAUGUUUGGAUUAAAGAACAGCUUUGUGAGGUUUUUUUUUUUUCUACCCGUGUCUUAGGAUUGAACUAAAUCUGUGAGCCGGUGGCCUGCGGUGUCAAGCGUGGCAGUGAUCGCGAGUUCCCGUUGUUGCCCCCGUGUCCCUCUGCGUUGACGGAUGAAUCCGGACAUUUUCAUGUCUGUUCUGUGGGCAGAACCUCGCUGCCCUGCUAGAACCGGGCCCAAGCCCUCCUUCGUUCUCUUCUGUUGGGCCAAGCUAAAUUCAGAGCAAAGACACUCACACAAGAGUAUCGAACGCACAUAGAUCCUCACGUUUUGUUUUUUUUUGUUUUUUUUUCCCCCUCUGUGAUUUUCGUCAGCAGUUUCCUACUCUUGAACACUCUGUUGUGAAUGCCUUGACAUGCUCAUUUAUUGGACUGUCCACCAGUAGUUGCUGGAAGGACUUUGAUGCUGCUUAAUGUUGAUUUUGCAGCUUUAUUAGUCAAACUCACUGUCCGCAACUUCUAAAUCCACUGUUCUACUGUACUUUAAACCAAAAUCUCAAGCAUAUUGACCUUUACCAAUUCUCUUCCUCUAAAUCUUUUGAAGGGAAGAGUUUGUUUAUUGGCAAACUGUGAACAUGAUGUAAAGAAAAACAAAUUUAAGUCACAGCUUGUGCCAAAUUCAGACUUCCUCUCAGCUUUGCCACUAAACAAAGUGGAGAUCCCUGAAGCUGCCAGCACUGUUGUUUACACACACGAGACACACACUGCUCGGAUAUUUGAUUUGAUUUAAAAAAAAAAGAAGCAUUUUUCCAUGUAUGAUUUUACAUAACGGUUAUCCACGCAGGACAAGUGCCAAACUCUGAACAAGAAAACACCCAACAUCUGUUAAAGCUCAACAAGUGGAAAAAAUAAAGUUUACAUACAACGCUAAAUGUUUACAGACUACAUUUUCCAUUGCAGUUUCUUAUGUGAAUCGUAACUUUCGUGCCAUAAACAACUCCCAAGAAAACUUGUCAGUAGGAGAAAUAAGAGACUCUUUUGUGGAUGAGUUAUUAUAAUUAAAGAGUUUACAGUUUUCUCAUUUUGUUUACAGAAAAUGUAAAAAAAUUACUGCCUAUUUUAAAGAUUUUGGCCAACAGACUGUAAAAUUGUCAACCGACAGACCAAAAUUAAAUAUCCAACACCUGCUGCCAUAAAACAGACCACAUUAUUCUAUAUUUAUAAUCAGUUAAAGUUUUCAUUUAAAUCGAUUAUUUCAGAACUACAGCCAUUUCACAGGCAGUUCGUAUAAGGCCUAAAAACUCUGAAAGACCUCAAUGUUUACAAAAGCUGCUUAACUGAAGGAUUUGUACACAGGAAGAAAUGUUUACACUAAGCUGAAAGAGUGACAUGCCAAACACAUUCAUGAUACAUCGCUUGAACUGAGUGAAACUCCAGGAGAGACCCUUUGCUUCUGUGCAGUGUGUGCAGAACCAAAAAGGAUCAGACUUUUCAUACGAAAAGGUUUUUAUAAGUCAGGAAGCCGCCAUCUUUGACGAGGACGCUGACAAUUCACAGUAAGAGCUGUGUAUGUGACUUUUUUUUAACAACGGCUCAAGAACUUUGUGAUAAAAUGAUGAAACGUACAACUUUAAGAGGGAUGUUUUGCUUGUCCCUCCUGCUUUUCUCCUGCCUCGCUGUCUCCACGGUUACCAUCACCACGGAGCGACGUGCUGUUGACAGCGAUGUCAGGAUUCUGACCGGCGGCAGUAGCUCCGCUGCAGCCGAUAAAAGGAGCACCACCUUGUUCCUCCUGACUGGCUACAAGCCACCACUGCCGCCGCUGAAGGCCGGGGCCAAAGUGGCGCCAAAAACAGCUGAGGUGGAGGAUGGAGACGAUCCACCAGUUAUGGCCGAGCUCCCUCCAAAGCCCCUCCCUCAGACCAUGUUGCCAAGGAAUGUGACAGCUGACGCCCUGAAGCCUCCGCUCGGUGCGGCCCAGGUGGCUCCACCACCCAGACAGCUGGUGGAUGUGGACGUGUGCAGGGGUUACUUCGACGUGAUGGGGCACUUUGACAGCACGUUCAACUGCUCCAAGGGCAGCUACAUCUACUGCUGCGGAACCUGCCACUACCGGUUCUGCUGCGAACACCAGAGGAACCGACUGGACCAGAACUCCUGCCACAACUACAACACCCCCGUCUGGGCUGAGCCGCAGGCCCCCAUCACUGUGCCCCCGGGGAACAAGCCUGACCCAGACUUCGAGACGCUCCAGCAGCACAACAGCAGUACGGCCUAUGUGAUCGGAGGUGUGAUCUCCUUCACACUGGUGGUGGCUGUGGGUGUCAGGAUCGCCUUCAGCAAGGUGGCGCGUCGACCCCGCAACAGGGACAUCAACAUGCCCAGAUCACUGGUGGAUAUCUUACGUCACCAGUCGAGCCCGGUGCAGCAGGGAGAGAGGAACAACACCACAGUGUUGACGACCACCACCUCAGAUGGACGAACAUCCAAAACCCUCUACACCCCCAUCCUGCAGAGCAAAGACAACCGCACUGGGAACUUGCCCCACCAUUUUAACCAGCAGGGGUCUGCCUCCAGCCCCAAACACUCUGCUACCAUCGAGCGUGGACCACGUAUGAACAACACCUCCCAGCUCCCCUCUGGACCCACCCUGCUCUCAGGUAGCAGUAAAGGUCCUGGUGGCGGUGGCAUCAGUGGCAGCAGCAUCAUCGGUGGAGGCAUGAGACACAACAGCAGCCACCCGUCCUUCUCCCACUCCUUCCACAACCUCGCCCAGCUGCCGCCAUCCUAUGAGGCAGCCAUGAAACCUGAGCUCAACCGCUACAGCUCCCUAAAGAGGCUGGAGAAAGAACUUGACGAGUACUCCAGCUACUACAACUCCAAACGUCGCUCCACCAACGCCCCGCCCUCCUUCCACUCCUCGCAGCACUACCUGCCCUUUGGAGGCGAGUACACGCUGGGAUCCAGGGGAACGCUGCCCCUCCACGGUUCACGGCCCCGCCUCCACAUCCCCUCCACCCCGAACCCAUACCCGCUGCCCGCCCAGACGCACUACACCAGCUCCUCCUUCGACAGGCCGCCACGCCGCGUCCGCUCCCAGGACCAGCUGCUCGGGGAGGGUAACACGCUGUCCCGUCUGUCCAAGAACCAGCAACACCAGUACUACAAAGCCAUGAUGAGCACCAGCAGGGGCUCCAACUCACAGACGCUACGCAGGUCCCAUGAGAGGCUCCUGGUCUCACCUGACCGUAUGGAGGACCGGCUGUUGAUGGGCCUGCUGAUCGCAGGAGGAGGUGACCGAGGGGGAGGAAGCGGGAUGGUGCCCACCAUGGGCCGACUCAGCCACCACCAGAAGGCCCAGUCACAGCAGAACAUCUGUGCCACGCCAUCCAUGGACCGCCACCACAUGAUCAAGAUGAACUCCCACCCGACGCCAGGCCACGACCGCGACCACGACCGCGACCGCGACCGCAGCUCCGCGGGCAUAGGAAUGCACGGCGGCUGGGACCUCGGCGGAGGCGGAGGAGGCCACCCCAACGCCCGACGGAUGGCUUUCGCCAGCAAGAGGCAGAACACCAUCGAACAGCUGCACUUCAUCCCCGGAGGAGGAGGAGUACAGGGACUGCGGACUGGGAGUAAGAACGAGGUGACAGUGUGAGAGGACGAGGGAGGUAAAGAGACAGGAAGAGCGAGAGUAGAGAGGUGAGGAGGCAUUUAGUGGGCAGAUGAAGUGGAGAGAUGAACAGGAAAAAAAGAAAUGAGGAAGAGGUUUGAUCUCACCUGGCUGCCUCACAGCCCCCCCUCCCCUUCAUAAAACAAAGUGGUGGAUGACAACAUUAAUCUCAUAGUGAGAGAAGCCAAUUGAUUUUCUCUUUGUCACUCUGUGUGUUGAAUAAAAGAAUAUUCAGCCAUUCUUUGAAAAAGGGAAGACAGAAAUGUCCACUCAAAAAGAGCAAAAAAUAUCAUUCGAGUGCAGUUUAAAAGGCUGCUGGGUAUUCGCUGUGACUUUUAUUAAAGGAUACCCGCUGAGUCAAAUUUGUUGAAUUGUCCUUGAGUUUUAUUGCACUGUCCUCUGAGUCCUCGAGAGCUCCGACAGAUUCAUCUGUCUUUGAAUCCACUGUGGAUGAUGGAGAGCGCCGAGGCAGAGACAGACGGGUUUGCUUGUCUUUGUAUUUAUGAAAAAGUAUGUAAAACCAAACGAGUUGCUUUUGUAUGAAAUUAACCUGAUAAUAAUAAUAAUUGUAUUGACAUUACUGAGCCCUGUAAGACUUUGUGUAUACUUCGUUUAAAACAUAUUUAUCCUUUAGCCAGUCGGUUUGUGACUUAAAGGCUGGAAAUGUGACCUUCUUUCUCUAGUUGUGAUUGGACUAUCAUCAAAGUUAAACGUUCUCUGCAAAAAUAAUCCAGCUAAGUGCAGUUAGCCGUCACUUGAUUGCCUUUAUGGCUUUAUUAACUCUAGAAAAAAAUAGAAUAUAAAUCAUUUGGGGGGGGGGGGGGGGGGGGGGGACCUAAAGUAUGUCGACACAAGCUGCUGUCAUAAAGGCCCAGUCACACCAGCAUUAUUAGUCCCAGUGAGUGUCUUUAGUCUCUCUGCUGUUUCCAAGUGAAACUGAAUAUUGAAGCGGUGUACAGUCACCAGAGGGAUUCAUCAAAUCCUUUGCAUUUGACUGGACCGCUAAAAGGUGGGAGGGCUUAGAGUUUAGCUCUAUACGGAGCCACAGUGGACUUUUGGCUCCAGACACCUCCCUCAGCAUUAGAUCAGAUGGAGGAUGAGGCAGAGAUAAAUGAAUUAGACCUCCGCCUUUUGGAAAUGAAAAUAAGGGUUUUGCCCACUGAUAUCCAAACGCACAUCUCUUCCUUUCUCUCUCUAUACUGCUCCAUACUACAACCCACUAACAGUGAAGUUUUAUAUGACCAUUGUAGCUAGCUAGUUCCCUAAAGUUAAGUUUAAGACCCUGAAUGCAGUAUGACUCGUCAGACAUUUGAAACUGUUACAAAAAGCGCAAAGACAGGGAAUUUGAUGUGAAAAUACAGAUUUUUCUAAAAACAUAUUUGACAUAUAACGAGAUAAAUGAUCAAUUAACACAGGGACACAGGAUUAAAACAUCAAAAAUGUAUAUUUUCAUUUAGCUGGGUCGUUCAACAGAAGCAUUUUGUGGCAAAAUAAUAAAAUGAUAAUACUCAAUUUUUUAUACCCGUUGUCCUGUUUGUGACUGAGCUAACAAGGUUGUUACUGCCAGUUAGUAAAAAGCUUACUGGUUCAGAAACUUUUGUUUACCUCUUCAAUAAAACAACUUCACUGACUUAAACGGCUCCGUUUAGACAAAAUAGAAAGAAGCUAAGGGAGAUAGUGUUUGACCAGCACUAGCAUGUGUCCUCCUUGGUAGUGUUGAGUAGUUUGCUAACUAGCCCCAUGAGUAUGUCACCACAGAUUUUGCAAAGGCGUGCAAAUUAAUUUUGCUGGAGUGACCGGGCCUUAAAGGGACAGUUCACCCCAUAUAUUAUUCAUCUUACCUGUAGUGCUGUUUAUGAAUUUAGAUUGUUUUGG